AUGAAGAAAGCGACGCCGGUGGUAGACACCUCUACCGAGAGAAAGGGUCACGUAUGUCCACCUUCAGACGCAACACACCCGCGCGAUCGCUGGGAGACGCUCUUUGUCUAUUCUUUCAUAUGCAAGUUCACCCAGCUUCGUACCAAGGUCGAAGGGCUAGAGUCACCUAUGGAUUUCGAGGAGGCGUUGCUCGCGCAAGGGCCGCAUCCUAUAAUGGUCCAAGUCGUUACGCGUUUCAUUCUCAAUCUCAGACCACAGACGCGUAAUAUUAGCACGGACCAGCUCUCCGAUACGGUCUCUGCGGUGUUUUCGGACUAUAUGAAGACCACUGAACGCUCGGUCUUCUGGGACGACGAGCAGAAGAAAAAUAUCAACCCAUUUCGGACGAUGGAGCAGGGGCUUUUCAACGCUGAUUGGGAUAUGAAGCUCAAAAUUCUUCGUCAACUCGUAGAGCUUCAACUGAGCCAUGGUCCUGAGAUAAGGAAGACGAUAGAUAACGCCUGGGGCAUUGUACACAACAAACACAGGAAAAAGGAGGUGCCCGACCCUCCGCCUCUCGAUCCCAGCGACCCCAACAGCAUGGAAAGCUUGCAAUUUGUCCCUAUCGGCCAAGACAACGCACGCAAGCGGUACUGGGUCGUUGAUGCUUCACCACGCGUUUACGUUUCGACAAACCCUUGGAAGAUCACGGCCACUAUCAACGCCGUUUCUAACACCCGUGAGGACUAUGUCGCGCUUUUGGAGAAAAUCAGGGCAUCUGCGCCGGCCGAUAUAGACGACAAGUCGAAGAAAUUGUCGAAGUCCGAUACUCAUCAUGUUCUCUUGAUGAAAGCUCUCGAAGAUCGUCUGGAGGUCAUUGACAAUGAAACCUUAAGGAUUCAGAAACAACGAAAGAAAGCUGAACAGCGAAACAUGCUUAUGGCUCAAGCCGAACUUCGGCAAACUCGUACACGACGACAGACACGACGACCAGAUUACGUCUAUGACGAGGAUCCGGAAGAGGCAAACAUGUACCAGCAGGAGGAGGAACCGUACGAUGAGGAGCCGAUGGAGGACGCCGAUUUCGGUAAUCACUCGGACACACCCUCUGCCUCGACGAGUGCCCAAGCAGCGGGCAAGCGGCGGUCCACACGUACCAACGCGGGCUCAGCGGCUGCCUCCAGCAGCGGUAGGCGAUCAGGAGGAGGUGAUGAGUGGAUGGCGUGGAAAGGAGAACGGCGAUCUUCUCGUCUGGGAGCACCCCCGGAGACACAGAUGGACGAACUACCAGUAAAGCGUGCGCGGACGGAGGAAAGCACCGCUAGCGCGCCGUCUGUCAACGAUUCGGCGGCGCGCAACGGGUCGCGUGAGCCAUCAGCUCCGAAAUUUACGGCGACGGGAGCCGCUGCAGUCAAGCCCACGGAGACGGCAGUGGAGCAACUGGCAGGACGGAAGAAAAGCAAGUUCUGGUUCUAUGCCGUCGAACCUAUCGCCCCGCCAUCAGGCCACCAGUCUGUACAGUCCGACGCGAUGGAUGUCGACCAGGAGCCGUCCAAUGGGCACAGGAAUGGGGGUGGGAAGGGCAGAAACGGUACACGCCGCACCAGCCGACACGUUUUGGAUGGUAGCUUGUCGCCUGCCCCGAGCAUGGAGGAAUAA